CCCAUGCACAUUUGCAUCUUUUCUCAUUCUCUCUGAAGUCUAAAUGGAUUCUGCUGCCAAAAUGUUAUUCUCUUCAAUCAAGAAAAGCCUAUUAGCCAUCACUUUAGUUGGAAUUAUAGCUGGCCUAUUGCCUGAAUCCAUUUUGAGUCAGAAUUGUGGCUGUGCACCCAACCUUUGCUGUAGCAAGUGGGGGUACUGCGGCAUCACUGACGAUUACUGCGGCGAUGGAUGCCAAGAGGGUCCUUGUCAUGAACUACCUAGUAAUGAUCUUGUGGUGGCUGAUGUUGUGACACAAGAAUUCUUUGAUAAGAUAAUUAAUCAGUCCUCCACAUCCUGUGUUGGUAGGAGUUUCUACACCAGAGAUGCAUUUCUCAAUGCACUUGGUUCAUAUACUCACUUCGGCACAGUAGGGGAAUAUGAUGACUCUAAGCGUGAGAUCGCCGCCUUUUACGCUCAUGUCACCCAUGAGACUGGACAUUUCUGUUACAUUGAAGAGAUAGAUGGUGCAUCCAAGAAUUACUGUGACUGGACUAAUAUGCAGUACCCUUGUGUCUCCGGCAAGGGUUACUAUGGCCGUGGACCGCUCCAGUUGUCGUGGAAUUAUAAUUAUGGAGCUGCUGGUGAAGAAAUUACUCCUAGUUUCGAUGGUCUAAAUAAUCCUGAAAUUGUGGCUAACGACGUUGAGAUUUCGUUCAAGACGGCACUGUGGUUCUGGAUGAAAAACUGCCACUGGACAAUAACUUCCGGAAAAGGAUUUGGGGAGACGACCCGUGCCAUCAAUUCCAUUGAAUGCUAUGGUGGAAACCCUCCAGCUAUGCAAGCUCGUGUUCAGUAUUAUAAGGACUACUGUUCCCAAUUAGGGGUGUCACCUAGUGACAACCUUACCUGCUAAGAUUCUACUGUUUUUACUUCCAAGUUCUUGUACUUUCAAGUUGUAGAUUAUGAGGGAGAACAAUAAAGCGUGGUGUUGCUGAAUAAA